AUGGAACAAAAUUUACAUCUUUCAAAAGAUGCAGGCAAGCUGAUUCUAGAUGCAAGUCAGUACAGAAAACUAAUAGGAAGACUGCUCUAUCUCACCUUAACCAGACCUGACAUCACUUAUGCAGUGCAUAGGUUGAGUCAAUUUCUAGCUGAACCAAGAGAGCCUCAUAUGCUGGCAGUCAAUAGAGUGUUGCAGUACUUGAAAGGCACUCCAGGCAGAGGUUUGUUUUUCUCUAGCAACUCCACAAUGCAAGUAAAGGCUUUCUGUGAUGCUGAUUGGGCUGGCUGCCCUAACACCAGAAGAUCAAUCACAGGUUACAGUGUGUUCUUAGGAGAUUCUUUAAUCUCAUGGAGGUCCAAGAAGCAGAGUACAGUCUCUAGGUCUUCAGCAGAGGCAGAGUACAGGUCAAUGGCUACAACAACCUGUGAAAUUGUGUGGGUUCUUCAAUUACUAAGAGACUUAAAAGUUGAUCAUCCAUGCAGUGCUCAGCUUCUUUGUGACAACCAAGCUGCAUUGCAUAUAGCAGCAAAUCCUGUCUUCCACGAGCGAACAAAACACAUAGAAGUUGACUGUCACUUGGUCAGGGACAAGAUAACAGAAGGUGUAAUUAAAACCUUUCAUGUUUCAAGUCAAUUUCAAACAGCAGACAUCUUCACCAAAGCUUUAGGAUUUCCAGCUUUUAGCAAGUUGAUCAACUGUCUGGGUUUGUUUGAUAUUUACUCCCCAAAUCUGAAGACUUCAACUAGCCAAGUCAAUGAUUCUGUAAAUCAUGACUUGAGGGGGAGUGUUGAAUAUGUGAUUGAGAAAGAAGACAUGAAGACAAAGAAAGAAGAACGACACAGCUGCUGCAGUGAUGAUCUAAACGACAGAGGGCAACUCCCAACUCUCCCAGCAUCUCCCACAUAUUUGGAUUUCUCUAGGAAUAAUUUCAGCUCUGUUAUACAUGAUAGCAUUGGCAGCAACCUUACUUUAGCUGCUUUCUUAUCUCUUUCAAACAACCAAUUAUCUGGCAGUAUCCCUGAAUCAAUAUGCAAUGCUAUAAAUCUGCAAGUUCUUGACCUGUCAUACAAUUUGUUGAGUGCCACCAUUCCCCAAUGCUUCUAUGAGAUGGGUGAGAAUCUAAUGGUGCUGGAUGUGAGGAGAAACAGACUCAGUGGCAAUAUAUCUGAUUCUUUUUCAGUUAAUUGUGGUUUACAAACUCUAAAUCUCAAUGGAAACCUAUUUAAAGGAGUGGUACCAGAGUCUCUGGGGAAUUGCAAAAAAUUGGAAGUCUUAGACCUGGGGAACAACAAGAUAAAGGAUGCCUUCCCAUGUUACUUGAAGAACCUAUCUUCGUUGUAUGUCCUUAUCUUGCGAUCUAACAAAUUUUAUGGGUCCAUUGAUUGUGGAGGGCCAAAUAUUUCUUGGCCGAUGCUUAAAAUUGUUGACCUCGCUUCAAACAAAUUUACUGGUCGGCUUCCCAGAGAAUCCCUUUCUGCCUGGAAGGCAAUGAUGGAUGAUGCUCAGUCACAAUUUGAACACCUCCAAUUUGGAAAAAUAGAAGUCAUGGGAUGUUAUUAUCAAGAUGUGAUAACGGUUACCAAUAAAGGUCUAGACAUGAAGUUGGUUAAGAUUCUAACUCUAUUCACUUCAAUUGACUUAUCCUGCAACAAUCUUGAUGGGCCAAUACCAGAAGAAUUAGGAGAACUCAAAUCGCUACUUGUUCUCAACUUGUCGCAUAAUGCUCUCAGUGGUCACAUUCCACCAUUUAUGGGAAACUUAACUCAGCAAGAAUCAUUGGACUUGUCAAGCAACAAGCUUACUGGGGAGAUCCCUAUGCAAUUUGAAGAUGAUCUAACUUUCCUUGAAGUUCUAAACCUUUCAUUCAAUCAAUUGGUCGGACCAAUUCCAAAUUUGAGGCAAUUUGCCACAUUUUCGGAAGUGUCCUAUGAAGGGAAUGAAGGAUUAUGUGGAUAUCCUUUGAAUAAAAAGUGCAAUCUAGGGCCAAGAUCGUCACCUCCACCAUUUCAAGAAACUCAUUUGAAUUCUAAAGAAACUCAUUUGAAUUUCAUAAAUGUUGAACUAGGAUUUAUUUUUGGUUUUGGGAUUGUCAUUUGGCCCCUUAUGUUUUGGAAGAGGUGGAGUAGAUGGUAUUUCAAACACGUUGAUGACAUUCUUAUCAGGAUCUUCCCUCAACUGAAUCUUGGAAUUAAAUACCAUCGAAGACGAGCAUGCAUAAAUCAAGGGCGGAGGCACUAA